AUGUCCAUGAACACACCGCCAAACGAGACUGGAAGAAAUGAUGGGACUCUUUCGAGCUCGCAGGAUGGAAUUCCAACGGUUUCAAAUGCAUUACCACCUGUGACGUUGCUAAAAACCGUCCCUGACACGAUGUCGUUUCGUAAAGGAGAUGCACGUGCUGGUCUGACAGAACUAGUGGGACUCUUGAUGCAAUCUUCCAAACCCCCGUCUCUGUUGAGGCCAAAUAUCUCACCACUUGCAAGAGCAAGUGAGAAGGAUGGGUUUAUUCCGCAUCAGUCACCGCCACGUAAACCAAAGGCAGUGAUUCAAGAUCCACAAAUAGUUUACAAUCCAGAUAACAUGCCUGAGUUGAUACCUCCUCCUAUAAAUCCAGAUACGCUAGGAUUGCCAUCUGUAUUGAAAUCAGUGUCGUGGACCAGGGCCGCUCCCUUCAAAGAAGAAGGGUUUGCUCGUAAUGUCUCGGAUUCAAUUGGAAACAAUUACUCGCCCAUUGCUCAAGAUCUGAGCAUAAAUAGCAUGUCGGCAGUACAAGCUCCUACCAUUUCUAGACGAAUUAGCACAUCAGCACAACAGCAACCACAUUACGUGACGACAUCGGAGAAACCAAUGGAUACCUUUGAUUACCCAGCACCAAGUUUUGCCGAUAGUAGGCCAAUGUCGCCACUUGCUCGUAUUCGUGAUUCAUACGCACCACUACUAGCUCCGUUAAAAUAUGCACCGAUAGAGACGCCUGAUCCGUAUGACCCCGAAGCAUUGUCGUUGGCUCAUCAGCUAACUCCUGAACAACGAUAUUGGUAUUAUGUCCACCGUGGUAUGCCUGAUGAAGUCGUCGCCGAACUGGACUCUCAAGCUAUCCAUAACAUGGAAGCCAUGAUUCCCUCCUUCUUGCGCCAGUCAGAGUCUCUGCAAGAAACAAAGCAAACCCUGCUAAACGAAGCUAAAGAGACUCACCAGACGGCCUUGAAACGGUCUAUUCUAGAUUAUAUAUUGCUAGAUGACAAGGAACGUAAACGUCUGGGUAUUCCGUUUCCUAGAGGUGGAUCAGAUCUUAAGUAUAUUCCUCGCGUCAUUCGAGCCCCUGUGCCAUGGCACGAUAUGGUAGUGCAGUCAAAGCAAGCCAUGGAAAAGAACUUAUUUAUUACCAAUCCCGUCAUGACGCAACUUCUUAAAAUCUACUCGGACUUUUCGGCAAAUACCGUGGUCAACUGCUCGCACUUUGGUGGAGCAAACACACCAGUGGAUGUGACUGAAUUCCGUAAUGUGUUUAAGAAACAGUGUGAUGACUUUUCUCAAAAAAUCAAUGAAGAAUGGCUGCCAGCUGUCGCAAACAUGUUCUUCGCCACCAAAGACCAGUGGUAUGAAUUAGCAACCUCAAAUCCAGACCCAGAUGCUGGAUUUAGAUUAUUGGAUGCCUUUUUCAAGUCCGUCUCAACCUUAAUGUCAAACCAAUUGUGGUCUAUGGUCGCGUCAUCACUGGACGACUUUGAAGCAUUUAUUGGCAGGGUUGAAGAAAACGCUGAAGGAUCUGAUCCACAGCCUCUUUUUGCCGUCAGAGUCGUAGUAGCAGGCACGCAAAUUCGCUUCGAACCACCAUUGUCGGAAUUAGAACUCGCUGUGGCUGGCGUCAUGGACGAUAUUUGUAAUGUGGCUCGUCGAGUAGCUCGUAUCGAGACUAAGCUGUUUACCUCGCUGCAGGGCGAAUCGAUUAUAUUGCCAUCGUCAGGUGUUGAUGGUGAACGUGUCGCUGAGGCCCGCUAUGUUAGAGGCGUCUUGACCAAGAGUGCCCAUGCACCUCAAAAGCAUCUGGUUGGAUAUGAGAAAUUCAAGUCUCUGCUAAGUCACAAGGCUGAAAAAAGAGUGGAAGAGUUUUUGAGAGAGAAACACGAACUGCCAGAAUACGAAGUCGAAAUCCAAAGAUUGCUCACUCUUGUGGAUGAGAUUGCCACAAGCCCUUCCAUCGCUCGAUUCCCAAUGAUCCAGAUUGACUGCAAUUCGCUCAAGACGGAGCUCUCUGACAAGGCAAAGGGAUUGGUCCAACAGCUUGUUGACCAGGUCGCUGAAGUUAACAGAAAGACCAAUCAGACCAUUUGCGAGCAGUAUGAAAAGAUUGCAGCUAGAGCAAUGAAACUUCCGGCUGACACUGAAGAAUUGGUCGAUUUGGCUAAAUAUGUAGAGUCCGUACGAGAAAAGGAAGUCGUUCAACUCAAGGACGAGAUUGGUCGCGGUCGCGAACGUCUGGACUUUUUACUACAGUACGCCUUCUUACCUGACGACGAUAUUAAACUCAACGGUGUCGCCUUAACUUGGCCGCUACGUAUUCAACCCAUCUUUGAGCUCUCUCGUAAACGUAUUGCUCAAAAGAAGGCUAAAGCUCAAGAAGACUUGCGGCUUCGAACCAUACAAGCUUCUGAAGAACUCGAGGCAAUCUAUAAUGAUAUUGCUGCCUUCAAGGACUAUGGUAUUGUAGGGGAGAUGAACGAGUAUAUACGCAAGUUGGCUGCUCUGGAAGAAAGACUUGUCACCAUCGCCGAUACUAUGCGCAAAGUCAAUGCCGAAGAAGAACUGCUUGAAUGGCCAAAGACUGCAUUUGCCAAACAUGCUCAAUCCACCGAGCUCAUUGCUCCGUACAAGCAAUUAUGGGAAACAGUGCAACAAUUCCAAACCGAGAAUACUAGGUGGAUGAGUGGUCCGCUCACUGACUUGGAUGCUGCAGUUGUCGAAGAGCAAUGUAGCAAUAUGUGGCGUGCUGUGUUUAAGCUCGUCAAACAGUUUGCUGAACAGCAAGUACCUCGUAAAGUAGCUGAAGGAGUCAAGAAUCGUCUUGACAAGUUUAAGCAAUACUUGCCUCUAUUGGCUGUAUUGAGAAAUCAAGGUCUGCGAGAACGUCAUUGGAAGCAGAUGGCUGCUAUUGUUGGGCAAACUAUUAUGCCUGAUGAAACUACUACUCUUAGCAAGAUGUUGGAUUUGAACUUGACACCAUUCCUUACUCAGUUCGAAACUGUGUCUGAUGCCGCUACAAAAGAAUUCAGUCUGCAAAAGACAUUACAAAAGAUGCGAGACGACUGGGGUCCACUCAUAUUUACUUUGAUCGACUACAAGGAUACCGGCACUCGUAUCUUAUCAUCACUCGAUGAGGUACAGGCUCUCUUGGACGACCAGAUUGUCAAGGUCCAGACUAUGCGUGGCUCUCCAUUCGUCAAGCCUAUAGAAGAAGAUGUAAUUGUCUUUGAACGAAACUUGAUUCAAAUUCAAGACACUUUGGAUGCGUGGUUGCAAGUGCAAUCUACUUGGUUGUAUUUGGAGCCCAUCUUCAGCUCAGAGGAUAUUAUGGCUCAGAUGCCUAUUGAAGGCAAAAAGUUCCGUCAAGUCGACAAGACAUGGCGCGACAUGAUGUACUCCACUUUUACGGAUCCGCGUAUAUUACGUGCAGCUGAAGACGAGACUCUGCUAGUACGUCUACGGGAUAGUUUCAGCUUACUUGAAGAGAUCCAGAAGGGUCUUAACGAGUACUUGGAAAAGAAACGAUUAUACUUCCCCCGAUUCUUUUUCUUGUCGAACGACGAAUUGCUUGAAAUCUUGGCCGAAACCAAAGACCCAACUCGAGUACAACCACAUCUCAAAAAGUGUUUCGAAGGUAUCGCUUCAUUGGUCUUCCACGACAAUACCCAUAUUACUGGCAUGGUUUCUUCGGAAGGUGAAAAGGUCGCCUUCAAGGAAGUCAUUGAGCCAGCUCAAGCUAAAGGUGCCGUCGAAAAAUGGCUGUUGCAUGUUGAGAGAAUCAUGCAAAUGUCAAUCCACGAAGAGAUAUCCAAGGCUUUACGGGCAUACAGUGAAACACCGCGUGAACGAUGGGUAUUAGAUUGGGCUGGUCAAGUGGUUCUUUGUGCCUCUCAGAUAUACUGGACGAAGGACGUGACCGAGGCUAUCCGUAGAGGGGAGGUCGGACUACGAGCAUAUAAGGAAUUGCUUGUAAAGCAGCUCGAGUCGACUGUAGCUCUAGUAAGAGGAGACUUAUCAGCCGUAUCUCGAGCCACUCUAUCUGCCUUGGUAGUUAUUGAUGUGCAUGCUCGUGAUGUCGUCGGUGAGCUAGAAUUCGCUGAAUGCUCAGAUGAACACGACUUUGCCUGGCUAUCUCAACUGAGAUACUAUUGGGAAAGUGAGGAUGUAAAAGUCCGUAUGAUUAACGCCACUUUGAACUAUGGUCACGAGUACCUCGGUAACUCUCCUCGUCUGGUUAUUACGCCAUUGACUGAUCGUUGUUACCGUACUCUGAUUGGUGCUCUCGACUUGAAUUUGGGAGGUGCACCUGAAGGUCCAGCAGGAACGGGAAAGACUGAAUCUGUAAAGGAUCUUGCUAAAGCUGUAGCCAAACAGUGUGUGGUGUUUAACUGCUCCGAUGGGUUGGAUUAUAUUGCUAUGGGCAAAUUCUUUAAAGGUCUUGCCGCAUCUGGAGCUUGGGCUUGUUUCGACGAGUUUAAUCGUAUUGAUCUGGAGGUGCUGUCUGUCGUUGCUCAACAGAUCUUGACCAUUCAACGGGCAGUAGCAGCCAAACUGGAACGAUUUGUAUUUGAAGGGACUCCUAUUCAACUCAAUCGUGGCUGCUCGGUAUUUAUUACCAUGAAUCCUGGUUAUGCUGGACGUUCCGAGCUGCCUGAUAAUUUGAAGGCACUCUUCCGACCUGUAGCUAUGAUGGUGCCCGAUUAUGCACUCAUUGCUGAGAUAUCCCUCUAUUCGUUUGGGUUUGUGGAUGCCAGGUCGCUUGCCCGUAAAAUCGUAGCUACGUAUAAACUCUGCUCAGAACAGCUGUCAUCUCAAGACCACUACGAUUAUGGUAUGAGAGCCGUAAAGGCUGUCCUUACAGCAGCCGGUAAUCUAAAACUCAAGUAUCCAACUGAAAAUGAGCAAAUCAUCAUGCUUCGGUCCAUCAUUGAUGUCAACUUGCCCAAGUUUUUACAGCAAGAUAUCCCUCUAUUCAGAGCUAUUACGGCCGAUUUGUUCCCUAAAGUCGUAUUACCGACUCCAGAUUACCGUCACCUGCUUGUCUGUCUCAAGGAACAAAUGGCCAAGAUGAACUUGCAGCCGGUAGAUAUAGCUAUAGACAAGAUCAUUCAGGUGUAUGAGAUGAUGUGUAUUCGUCACGGAUACAUGUUGGUUGGUCAACCAUGGUCAGGAAAGACUGUAGGAUACCGUGCCUUGGCUGGCGCUUUAAACAGUAUGGUAGAACAGAAUCUAGGUAACGAGAAACGAGUCGAGUUUAGAGUGCUCAAUCCUAAGGCUAUUACCAUGGGUCAGCUAUAUGGUCAAUUCGAUCCCAUCACUCACGAAUGGACUGACGGUGUGCUGGCAACUACCUUCCGUUUCUUUGCGCAAGCUGGAACGGCAGAACGUAGAUGGAUUGUCUUUGAUGGUCCCGUAGAUGCCAUUUGGAUUGAGAAUAUGAAUACCGUGCUUGACGAUAACAAGAAACUGUGUCUUACGUCUGGUGAAAUUAUGCAAAUGACGUCGACAAUGUCUUGUAUGUUUGAGGUUGCAGAUUUGGCUGUUGCUUCUCCAGCCACGGUAUCUCGUUGUGGUAUGAUUUAUCUAGAACCAGGUGCAUUGAGCUGGCCGCCACUUGUACGAUCUUGGAUUGCUGGUCUACCAUCAACAUUCACGGAGGAUAUGAAGACCCUGUUACAGAGCUUGUUUGACUGGAUUGUACCUCACUGUAUACAAUUUGUCACCGCAGACUGUAAAGAAUUCGUAACAACGUCACCACAGAAUCUAGUCAGUACCCUCACUACUCUAAUAAUGUGCCAACUGGACGAAUUUUUGCCCAAUCCUACUGGACAAGCACAGGAAGCUGUAGCAGCGCCAAAUAUCAUAAAUCUCUGGCUCCACAAUAUCUUUAUCUUCUCUUGUAUAUGGUCUCUGGGAGGUAGCAUAGAUGGGGACUCUCGUCGGAAGUUCGACCUCUUCUUUAGGAAACUCUUGCAAGGUGCCGAUGGUACUGCAAUCCCGCCUAAUAACGUAAAGAUCGAAGUACCAAUACCGCAAGCAGGCAGUGUCUACGAUUAUAUGUUUGAACGUGAUCGCAAGAAUGGUGGUACUUGGAAACUCUGGGUAGACACUGUUGGAACCUUUGAGAUUCCAAAGGGUGCCAAGUUUAGUCAGAUCACCGUGCCGACCAUUGAUACGCAACGAUACACGUAUCUGUUGGAAACGCUACUUACACAUGGCAAGGCUGUGCUGUUUGUGGGACCUACUGGUACUGGAAAAUCAGUCUACAUCAAUAAUAAGCUGCUGAAUGGUCUGCCCGCAUCAAAAUACGCUCCCAUCUUUAUUAACUUCUCCGCACAGACCAGUGCCAACCAGACUCAGGAUAUUAUUCUGGGAAAAUUGGAGAAGCGCCGUCGAGGUAUCUAUGGUCCUACUCAAGGCAAAAAGGCAAUCAUCUUUAUCGAUGACUUGAACAUGCCAGCGAGAGAGAAGUAUGGCGCGCAGCCACCUAUCGAGCUGCUCCGUCAAUGGGCAGACCACUCCAUAUUCUAUGACUUGAAGGACACGUCUCCAAUCACUCUACAGGAUAUCAGCUUCGUUGCAGCAAUGGGUCCACCAGGCGGCGGAAGAAAUCCAGUAACUUCACGUUUCCUUCGUCACUUCUGUACCGUUGGUAUUGCUAGCUUUGACGAAAUCACCAUGAAGAAGAUCUUCUCCACUAUCGUCGAAUGGCAUCUGAAUAAUGGAUUCCAGCCGUCGCUACUCUUACUCAAGUCGCCGUUAAUUUCAGCCACCUUUGAUUUGUAUUCAGGAGCCAUUCAAAAUUUGCUUCCUACUCCUAGCAAGUCUCAUUAUGUAUUCAACUUGAGAGAUUUCGCUAGAGUGGUGCAAGGGUUACUGCUAGCAGGUCCAGACAAGUUUACGGAAGGAUCCAAGAUCUUGCGUCUGUGGACGCAUGAAGUCUAUCGAGUCUUUUAUGAUCGUCUUGUAGAUGAUGUCGAUCGCAAUUGGUUCUUUACUACAGUACGGGACUUGGUAGCAAAGCACUUUGCCUCUUGUGGUAAAUUCGACCAAGUCUUUGCUCAUCUCGAUGCAAACAAGGAUGGCAAAGUAGAGGAUGAUGACUUGAGAAGUCUGAUCUUUGGAAACUAUGCUCUGCCAGAUGCAGCCGUGAAGUAUUACGAUGAGGUUGCAAAUAUCUCGAAAGUCUCUGAUGUCAUCAAGGGACGUCUUGACGAGUAUAAUCAGAUCUCUAAGGCUCCAAUGAAUCUCGUCAUUUUCCGAUAUGCUGUUGAACAUAUAUCUCGAGUCGCACGUAUAUUGUUGCAACCAGCAGGUCACGCACUCUUAGUCGGAGUUGGUGGCAGUGGGCGUCAGUCAUUGACGAAACUGGCAACGUAUAUGGCGGACUACAAUCUCUUCCAAGUCGAAAUCAGUAAAAGCUAUGGUAACGCCGAAUGGAGAGAUGAUCUCAAGAGGAUCUUGAUCAAGGCUGGUGGUGAAGGAACUCCAUCCGUCUUCCUCUUCAGUGAUACUCAGAUAACGAAAGAAUCCUUCUUGGAGGAUAUAAACAAUCUGCUUAACACCGGAGAAGUACCCAAUCUUUUCCCACCAGAUGAGAAGGCAGCCAUAGUCGAGCAAGUACGAACGGCCUUGACGAAAGAAAAUCCCAAGCUGGACAUGACUGCCGCCGCAUUGUAUAGUGCCUUUGUCAGCCGGUGUAGAGAAAACUUGCACGUAGUAUUGAGUAUGAGUCCUAUCGGUGAUGCAUUCCGUACUCGACUUCGUAUGUUCCCAUCUCUCGUUAAUUGUUGUACCAUUGAUUGGUUCCAAGUAUGGCCUGAAGAUGCCCUAGAAGUCGUAGCUCGAAGGUUCUUGGAAGAAGUUGAGCUAGACGGAGAUGCUCGUGGUACAGUUGUUGCCAUGUGCAAGGAAUUCCAUGUCCGUGCACGUAAACUGUCUGAGGAGUUCUUUGCUGGUCUUCGACGACACAAUUACGUUACUCCUACUUCGUAUUUGGAGCUCAUUCAGACAUACAAGACUUUGUUGGAUGUCAAACGACGAGAAGUCAACUUGUUGAAAUCUCGAUAUGAAGUCGGAUUGGAUCAGCUGGCAUCAGCAUCAGCACAGGUUGCCAUCAUGUCCAAAGAGCUGACGGACUUGCAGCCACAGCUGAUUGUGACAUCCAAGCAAACAGAAGAGAUGCUGGUUGUCAUUCAACGAGAGUCCGUUGAAGUAGAAAAGAAACGAGAAAUCGUUUCAGCAGAUGAAGCAGUAGCCAACAAGAAGGUCACAGCUGUUCAAGCCAUCAAGGAUGAUUGCGAGUCACAACUGUCAGAAGCGCUUCCAGCUCUGGAAAGUGCAAUGGAGGCUCUUAAUACUUUGAAACCUCAAGAUAUCACAUUGAUCAAAUCCAUGAAGAAUCCACCUGCCGCUGUAAAGCUUGUCAUGGAGGCUAUUUGUAUUAUGAAGGACGUGAAACCUACUCGUGUUAAGGAUCCUACUGGUAGUGGAAAGAUGGUUGACGAUUUCUGGGGACCAGCACAAAAGGUUUUAGCUGAUCCCAAGUUCCUUGAAUCAUUGAAAGAGUACGACAAGGACAAUAUCCAACCCAAGAUUAUCGAACGUAUCCGAAAGACGUACAUACCGAAUCCAGACUUUGAUCCAGAUGUGGUCAAGAACUCUAGUUCUGCUGCUGAAGGUCUGUGCAAAUGGGUACGAGCUCUAGACAAGUAUGAAGUAGUUGCCAAAGUCGUAGCUCCAAAGAAGGAAGCACUUGCUGGUGCAGAAGCCGAAUUGUCAGUAGAGAUGGCCAAACUGAGUGCCAAGCAAGCCGAGUUGAAGGAAGUAGAAGACAAGAUGGCAAACUUGCAGCAAAAGUAUAGUGAAAUGACUGCCAAGAAGGCGGAUCUUGAAAGACAAGUCGAUCUUUGUGGUAAAAAGCUUGACAGAGCUGAGAAGCUCAUUGGUGGUCUUGGUGGUGAAAAGGAUCGAUGGAGUGAUGCUGCUAAGUCUCUGCAGACCGUAUACACAAACUUGACUGGUGAUGUGCUCUUGAGUUCUGGUGUCAUUGCAUAUCUAGGUGCCUUUACAUCUGCUUAUCGACAAACUUGUGUUCAAGAAUGGUCAACACAAUGUAUCGAACGAGGGCUAUCUUGUUCGGGUGCCUUCUCUCUUACCAGCACUCUCGGAGAUCCGAUCCAGCUUCGAGCUUGGACUCUUGCGGGACUGCCUAAUGAUGCAUUCUCAAAGGACAAUGGUAUCAUUGCUACUAGGUCACGCCGUUGGCCGUUGUUCAUUGAUCCACAAGGUCAAGCCAAUAAAUGGAUCAAGAACCUCGAGAAGCAAAAGAAACUCGCCAUAAUCAAGCUGUCUGACUCGGACUAUAUCAGAACACUCGAGAAUGCCAUCCAGUUUGGCUCACCAGUAUUGCUGGAAAAUGUUGGCGAGGAGCUUGACUCGGUGCUGGAACCUCUGUUGACGAAGCAGACCUUCAAGCAAGCCGGUGUCUUAUGUAUCAAGCUGGGCGAAUCUGUAGUAGAAUACUCUCCAGACUUUAGGUUUUACGUUACGACGAAACUUCGAAACCCCCACUAUUUGCCAGAACUCUCGACCAAGGUCACUAUAGUCAACUUUAUGAUCACACCCGAAGGUCUUGAAGAUCAACUUUUGGGUAUAGUAGCUGCUAAAGAAAGACCAGAGCUUGAGGAGGAGCGUAAUCGUUUGGUUAUUGCUUCAGCAUCAAACAAGAGACAACUGAAAGAAAUAGAAGACCAGAUUCUCGAAAUCCUGUCCAAGUCUCAAGGCAACUUGCUAGAAGAUGAAGCUGCCAUCAAUGCUCUAACAUCUAGUAAAGUUAUUUCGGACGAUAUUGCUCAGAAACAACGAGUUGCCGAAGAAACCGAAAAGCAGAUUGAAGUAACUCGAGCUGGAUAUAGACCAAUCGCUAUCCAUUCAUCGAUCCUCUUCUUCGUCAUCGCCGAACUUGCCAAUAUCGAACCCAUGUACCAGUACUCUCUCGUCUGGUUUAUAAACCUCUUCUUGCAAUCCAUCAGUGAUAGUGACAAGUCGAACGUAUUGGAUACCCGUCUAGAUAAUCUCCGAAGCCACUUUACGUACUCGCUAUACUGUAAUGUCUGUCGGUCUCUCUUCAAGAAGGAUAAACUGCUUUUCUCCUUCCUCUUGUGUGUUGGUAUAAUGAAGGGCAAAGGAGAGAUUGAUCAAGAUGAAUGGAUGUUCUUCCUGACUGGAGGUGUGGGUGUCGGUGGUGAUGGUCCACCAAAUCCUGCUCCAUCAUGGCUAAGUGAAAAGUCUUGGGGAGAAAUUGUCAGGCUCUCAGCUAUGCCAGCCUUCAAAGGAUUCGCUACAAGCUUCUCAGAAAACGUUGAAAAAUGGAGAGAAGUAUAUGAAAGUACCGAGCCAUGGCGCGCUGCUAGUCCAGGUGGUUGGGAUCAACGUCUAAGUGCUUUCCAGAAACUAGUGGUGCUUCGUCUUAUCCGAUCUGAUAAGAUAGUGAAUGGUGUCUUAGACUUUGUCAAGGGCAAGAUGGGCCAACGAUAUAUUGAACCUCCACCGUUUGAUCUAGCUGCCAGUUUCAAGGACUCGAAUGCGUGUGCCCCUCUCAUAUUCAUUCUAUCACCCGGGUCUGAUCCUAUGAGUAGUCUGAUUGGAUUCGGUGAAUCUAAAGGUAUCACAGGCAACCGUCUCAACAGUAUCUCGUUGGGACAAGGUCAAGGUCCAAUCGCCGCAUCUAUGAUAAAAAGUGCUCUGAAGAGUGGAACUUGGGUGGUGCUUCAGAACUGUCACUUGGCAGUUAGUUGGUUGCCGACAUUGGAAAAGAUGUGUGAAGAAUUGACACCAGAUACCACCAACACAGAAUUCAGAUUGUGGCUUACAAGUUAUCCAAGUGAUCGUUUCCCAGUCACGAUUCUACAAAACGGCGUCAAGAUUGUAAAUGAACCACCACAGGGCUUGAGAGCCAAUUUGCUGAGGUCGUACACGUCAGAUCCAAUAUGUGACGAUAGCUUCUUCAAGGGUGUCAGGAGUGGCGCCGAAAAUGUAUGGGAGAAGCUCUUAUAUGGAAUCUGUUGCUUCCAUGCUGUAAUUCAGGAAAGACGAAACUUUGGUCCACUUGGUUGGAAUGUGUCGUAUGAGUUUAACGAGUCUGACUUGAGAAUGAGUGUUCGACAACUACAGAAGUUUUUGAACGAAUACGAAGACAUUCCAUGGAAAGCUCUCGUAUAUCUUGCUGGUGAAUGUAAUUAUGGUGGUCGUGUCACCGAUACACACGAUCGUAGGACUUUGAUGAAUAUUCUAUCGACUUUCUAUACCAGUGACAUAUUACAAGAAGGAUACAGCUUCUCACCCAGUGGACUAUACCGAGCUCCUCCUCGUGGCUCGCACGAAAAUUAUAUACAGUACAUCAAGUCCCUUCCGAUGACUCAAACGCCUGAAGUAUUUGGGCUUCACGACAAUGCCGAUAUUGCCAAAGAUCUGAACGAAGUAAACUUGCUCAUCUCAUCUGUAUUGAGCACCCAAGCGAGAGUCUCUGCUAAUGCUGGUGGUAGAUCACAAGACGAUUUGUGUCGUGAAAUCGCUACUGGAAUCUUGGACAAACUACCAGCUGACUUCGAUGUCAGGGGCACCCAAAAGAAAUAUCCAGUAUCCUACGAAGAAUCCAUGAAUGUGACUCUAGUCCAAGAACUGGUACGAUUCAACAAGCUGCUAGUAAUCAUUCGAGAGAGCUUGCAAAGUGUACUCAAAGCCCUUCGUGGUCUUGUGGUAAUGUCCAAGGAUUUGGAAGAAGUGGCCAACAGUCUUACACUUGGAAGAGUCCCAGAAAUGUGGGCAAACAAGUCAUAUCCUUCACUCAAGCCCUUGGGAGGUUAUAUAACGGACUUCCUUCUUCGAUUGAAGUUUUUCCAGGAUUGGAUAGAUGUCGGCCAACCAGCAGUUUUUUGGAUGUCUGGGUUCUACUUUCCACAAUCCUUCAUCACAGCAACAAUGCAAAACUACUCUCGAAAAUAUCAGAUACCAAUUGACUUGCUGACACUCAAGUAUGAGGUCAUGGAUCUCGAUGAUUACACGACACCACCAACAGAUGGAGUAUAUGUGCGUGGUCUCUUCUUGGAAGGAGCCAGAUGGAAUCGUGAAACACGAGUGAUUGAUGAAUCAAUCCCGAAAAUGCUCACAGAUGCACUACCCGUACUUCGGAUGACUCCCAUUAAAGAUGACGAGGUUGCUAAAAAAGACACUGGAGGAUAUUAUGAAUGUCCAUUGUACAAAACUUCAGCACGUAGAGGAACGUUGUCUACUACAGGUCACUCUACGAACUAUGUGAUGAACGUACAGCUCCCAAGUAGUCACCCUCAGAAGCAUUGGAUCUGCCGUGGUGUCGCAUCAGUGCUUCAACUCUCAGACGUAUAA